UUUCUGUGUGACAAUUGUGACAUUAGUGUUCUGCGCUGUGGAUCUGGAUAGUAUUCCGUCUGUGAUUAUUAUUCAAAACAUUGGAGUGAAUGAAAAUCGCUAGUUGUUUUUAAAUACAAAUACAAGUAUACAGGAUGCCUCAAGGAAGAAAAAAGAUGCCAUUUAGUGGUAAAGCUAAGAAAGAACAACUGAAAUCGAAGAAACAACGUAAAGCUUCAUCAACCCCUUUUAUGCGUGGAAGGGAGAACAAUGAAUGUUUGGACAAUACGAAUAAAAUUAAUUUUCAAUCGAAAAAGGAUCCUGAUUCAAAAACUAACAAAUAUGCGUUGAUGUUUCGUAGAGAAACAGAAAAUGAAUUGAGACUACGUAAAGAAAUAGCUCGGCAAAGUUUAGUUCCUGUAACUGAGAAAGAGUUGGAAAUAGAUGCACGAGAUUAUUUCCCAGAAGAAUUUGAUUUCCCCAAGAGGCCUGAAUGGUCUUAUGAAUUAACAAAGGAGGAGUUAGAGUCUAAUGAGAGGAAAUAUUUCAAUGAAUACUUGGGAAAAAUGGAAAAGAAUUUUACAUCAUCAGAAUUGGGAUUCUUUGAAUUGAAUUUGGAAACCUGGAGACAGCUAUGGAGAGUAAUAGAAAUGUCUGAUAUUAUUUUGUACAUCCUUGAUAUAAGAUUUUCGAAUUUGAUGUUUCCACCCUCUCUUUAUGAAUAUGUAACCAAGGAAUUGAAGAAAGAUUUCAUACUAGUAAUCAAUAAAAUUGAUUUAGCACCUGCACCUCUGGUGGUAGCUUGGAAAUCUUAUUUUCAAGAAAUGUACCCUGAUAUUCACAUUGUGAUGUUCACUUCUAUGCCCUCCUACAAUUUGUUUGGGAAACAGUCCAAUAAGGGUGGUCUACAAGUACGAAGGAGAAGGGGCAGAAUUCACAUGGCAGCUGAAGGAGCGCAAACGUUAUUGAACGUUUGUAAGUCUAUUGUAGGUUCCGAAGUGGACCUCUCAAGUUGGGAACAAAAAAUUCAGGAAGAAAUGAAUGCAGAUUCCAAAGAAGCUGAACAAGUUGAAGUUGGCGAAGUGGUUGAACAGAAAUCAGUGGAUACCAGUUUCUAUCAGCAUGAAAGGUUCAACAAUGGUAUGCUUACCAUAGGAUGUGUUGGGUAUCCCAAUGUUGGGAAAUCCUCAUUAAUGAAUGCCUUGAAGGGGAAAAAGAUUGUGAGCGUCUCCCGAACUCCAGGCCAUACCAAGUAUUUCCAAACCAUAUUUUUAACCCCAAAUGUCCGAUUAUGCGAUUGUCCAGGCUUAGUUUUUCCUUCAAGAGUACCGAGAAUGUUACAAGUGCUAAUGGGUAGUUUUCCAAUAGCACAGUUAAGGGAGCCUUAUACCACUGUGAAGUUUUUGGCUGAACGAUUGAAUUUGCAGAAACUACUCAGGAUAGAGCACCCGGAACAAGAUGAUACAUGGUCAGCGAUGGAUAUAUGCGAUGGAUGGUCCAAGAAGAGAGGUUUCGUGACUGCUAAAGCAGCUCGAUUAGAUAGUUACAGAGGGGCCAACAGCUUGUUGAGGAUGGCGCUUGAUGGCAAGAUCUGCCUGUGUUUCAGGCCACCCAAGUAUCAUUCCAGAACUGAUUUUUGGUCCAAUCACCCAGAAGUACAGAAAGUGCUGUGGAUCCAAGCCAAAUCUGAUGAGGAAACUACACCAAGCUUUCUACACCAUUUGGACUCUUCCGAUGAAGCAUCAGAUACUGAGAUUCAUGCAGAAAAUGGAAUCAUGUCUUCAGAAAACGAGGAUGAAAGUUCGGAUGAUGAAAGUGACCUUGAAAUCCAGACUAUGACGAAUAAAUUUUCUUUAUUGAGAGAUUGAAGUGGAAUAUUUAUGUUGAUACAAUUUUGAUCUUUUAUAAGUUAUUGUUAGAUAUACAAAAGUUUUAAAAAAAUGUUUUUAGUAUGCUCAUUCACUAUACAAAAUGUUAAGGAAAUAUAUUCCAGUAUGUUUAACCCAUUGAACUAUCGCUGAAUAAACCUGUUAUCAUCUUA